UAUUGUUUGGGAUUCCGUGGCGAGACGAUCGUCGAAAAAGUCGCGCGCGCUACUAAAAUAAAUUCAAAGCGAUAUAUUAUUAGGCAAACAAAAAGGAACACACAUCAUUAUAAUCCCCUAAAAAGUUAACAUAUAAAUACGCAGUUGAACAAAAUACAAAGUAAACACAUUUUAUUGCUGGAUAAUUUUACUGUGCCCAGUGACAAGAGUGCUAACACAUUUAAUUACACAUUCAAGUGCUGAAAACUAGGCCAAAGUUGAUUUGAAACCAAAUAUUACUCAUACGCCACCGGCACCGCAUUCAUUCCCCCACCAAAGCUAUCAGUUUUUGAAUGAGCCCAAUGAGCGGACUGCGCCAACAGCUGAAGAUGCUGGGUACAGCAUUGCUGGGCAAACGGGCCACCAAGUCUGUCAAAAAGAAACCAUUUACGGAGGUGGAAAUCAAAGAUCUACGCACAGCAUUCGAUCUACUAGACAGAAAUCGCGACGGUCGCGUCACCGCCAACGAGCUGCAGUUUAUGCUAAAGAACCUGGGCAUAAACGUGAGUGACGAACUCAUACACGAUCUCAUACGUGAGGCGAGCCACUCAGGCAAUGGCUUAAUCAACGAGGCCGAGUUCCUGCAAUGGGUGGGCAGGAUCCAGGCGCUGCGGGACGAGCAGCAUUCACAUGAGGACAGCAAGGACAGCAAGCCGGUGGACGAGGCCGAUGAUGUCACCGAGGACUUGAUAGCCGCAUUUAGAGUAUUCGAUCGGGAUGGCAAUGGGUUCAUAACGCGCGACGAGCUGCAGACCGCCAUGGAGAUGAUUGGGGAGCCCUUGAACGAGCAGCAGCUGGAGCAGCUGCUGGUCAUCGCGGACUUGGACCAGGACGGGCGCAUCAAUUACGAGGAAUUCACGAGACUUUUGCUCUAAGCAGAUUUACGCCCAUCAAGGAGGCAUGGUCAACCCCAAAACCCUGGAAAUUUCGAGCGGAAUGCAGCCCGAGUUGCGCCCCUUCAGCAUAAUUGUUAAGCUAUUAAGAAUAUACUCAGACAUGCAGAAAAUAAUAAUGCAACAAAAUGUGCAGAGCGUAAUUGUUUGAAAUUUUAUACAACAAUAAACUUAUUUAUACAAGGGUAUGAAAAAAGUGCAAGGCAGGCCACACACACAUACACACCCAUAAUGUUUUAGUUUCAUCACACCCACACACACACACACAACAUAUUCAUAUGUAAAUUAGUUUCAAAGUUUUGUCGAUUGUAAAAAGUGGAAUUAUUCAUAUUCCGUAUGAUGCAAGUGAAAUCUUCAUGUGGAAAAUGGAAAUGAAAGCGAAAAGUUUAGACUAAUUUGGGCAGACGUUGUGCGACAGAAAUGAUUUAAAUCACUCAGAGACACACACACAACAUUUACAUUUAACAUAUAAAAUGCAUAUUCGGAUAAGUCUGAGCGCGUGAGUGAUAUUGUGUUUAGGGUGCUGCGAAAAUGAAGAGCAGACAACAUGUAGAGAAAUUACAAAUAAAAAUUAAAUUAAAAUAUAUCCAGAUUCGAAGCAGGUCAGCAGGUGGAUUCAUAUAUUUGUAUUUUAUUGUAGUUAUGCUGCUUUCGAUGUAUGCGCGUUUCAAAUACCCCAAAACAAACAAAAAUUGUUUCAAAUUUGUUAGAAUAAGAAAAUAAAUGUUAACAAUUUAUAUAAGAAACCAAAACAUUUAAUUUCAGUUGGGAAGUUACUCGCUAGAGCUGCAAAAAACAUCGAUAUUUAAAUGAAUAUAUGAACAACUUAAAGUUACCAUUAUUAUUUAGAUAACUGAAAAUAUUUUGUAAGCGGAAUCCAAAUUUAUAGUCACGAUGUUUUUUCAGCUUAAAAAAAUAUACGAACAGCAACAACUAUAUUGAAAGUUAAUGAAAAUACAAUUAAACAUUAACUAACAACCAGAGAAGAACAUUUCAGAGUUCUAGGAUUUAAUAGUUUAAAGACAAGUAAUUUUAAUUGAAUUAUUGUUUAUUUUCGGUUUUUUUCUGAUUGAUUUUCCAAAUUCAGUCCAUUGCAUAUUGCCGUCCCAUAGAUAAUUCAGCAAAAAAUACAAAAUGAUUUUUAUAACAAUUACAACUCAUCGAUUUGAGGUAUCGUGGUUUCAAAUAAUAUGUUUAAAUUAGUUCAUUGCCCUUUUUUGAUACAAAUUUAGAAAAUUUAAAAACGAAAUCAAUGAAUACAAUUUAAACAAUUUAUAUAUAUAAAAAAGUGCUCUUUUGAAAAAUCAGUGAAACGAGAAUUAAAAUAUAUAUAUUUACAUACAUUUAAAACACUAUAUGGAUAAAAGUUGCGUGGAGUAAAUAUAAUCAGGUCAAAGGUACAAAUAGCAAAAUUGGGUAAACAGAAGGAAAGCAAACCGAAAACCACAACUUUUGUAUGGUAUUUACAACAGGACUGCAAAGGCAAAGCAAGUUUAAACCUAAUCAAAAAUCGAAGACCGAAUCAAAUUAAACUCUAGCCCAAAACAUUAAAUAUACCCGAUAUAUUAUGUAUGUAUGUACUUCGAUGCAAGUAGUUUUUUAUGACCUCUUAAUGUGCUUACCAACUAUAUGCAGGACUAUAUACCUACCCAACAAUAUUACUACUUAUAUACACGAUUACUGUUUAUGUUAAUGGUCAAACUACAUACUUAAUAAUAUCUUCUAUGUGUAUAGAUACUGGAAAACACACAAGAACUAAGACAUUAUCUGUAUGCGUACUUAAAGUGGUAGAUAAUUGGAAUAGGUAUUAAAGAUUUCAUAAUUUAUAAAUGCGAUUUCGAGUCGGAAAACGAGACGUGGCAUAAUAAAUAAAAACGGUACACGAACGCUCAA